UCACCACUUCGCGUCCACAACUUCUACAGUUUUACCACAUCCACCGACACAUCAGUAACCAUUUUGAGCCGGCUCUGAUUCCAGGAGCUAGAGAACGCUUCACUUCAAUGUAUUCGAUGCAUCUGUGGUUUAAUUCUGGAGGAAGACUGGGUACAAAUGCUGUUUCUGUUGAUGGUGGGUUUCCUUCGUUUAUACCUGAGGAAGUUAAAGAAAUCAAGGAUCCGUUUGCUCGAGCUUUGGCUCAGAGGAUUCAAAGACUUCCUGUAAAGCUGCAGGUUGGAUUUUCUGAGAGUUGUAUAAUGAGCAGCUGUGUGAAGCCAAGGUUUCAACGUGAUACCAAUCCAGCUGUCCUCCUCCAUUGUUUCGACAGCUCUUGUUUAGAAUGGAGACGCACAUACCCAUUACUUGAGGACGCUGCAGUGGAGACUUGGGCAAUUGACAUUCUUGGAUGGGGUUUCUCCGACCUAGAAAGACUUCCUCCCUGUGACGCGGCAUCCAAAAGAUAUCACCUUUACCAGCUUUGGAGGACUCACAUCCAACGACCAAUGAUAUUAGUCGGACCAAGCCUUGGUGCUGCAGUCGCGAUUGACUUUGCUGUCAACUUUCCAGAAGCUGUUGAUAAGCUGAUUUUGAUUGGUGCAAGUGUUCAUGUUGAAGGCACAGGGCUUCUGACAAAGCUACCCAAAUUUUUAGCAUAUGCUGGGGUCUCUUUGUUGAAAAGCCUCCCACUGCGGCUGUUUGCAAAUUUACUAGCUUUUGAUGAUAUAUCCUUGUCAACAUGCUUUGAUUGGACCAAUGUUGGCCGCCUACACUGUCUUUUGCCUUGGUGGGAAGAUGCUACAGUGAAUUACAUGCUUAGUGGUGGCUACAAUGUUGUUAAUCAAAUAAAGCAGGUGAACAAGAGAGUUCUUAUCAUCUGGGGAGAGUGUGAUAACAUUGUCAGCAAUAAGCUUGCAGUGCCUCCGGGGAGGUGGGCGAGAAAAGGUGGGAUUGAUCGUUCAAGAAGUAAAACACUCGUUUUCAACUCUUCCUGCAUGUUGCAUAAAUUGCAGAGGCUGCAUAGUGAAUUGCCAGAUGCGACUAUCCGCCAGAUACCUGAUUGUGGUCAUCUCCCGCAUGUUGAGAAGCCUGAGAUGGUUGCGAGGUUAAUCGCGGAUUUUGCUCUGUCCGGCACACGUAAAGAGGAGCAGAAUCCAAUUGUCUUGAACUCGGCUGGGGAGAAAAACACAUCGUCGUUCAUAUGCUAAAAGCCGCAAAAGCUUAGGGAGCAUUUUAGACUAACAGUCUAGCGCAGGCUUUAUGCAAGUAGAAUGAUAGUACUAGUACAACCUGUAAUGGCUUGUCUAAUUAUGGAUUGCUGGAUUCAUUUAGCCGUCUCUAUGAAGUAAAAAACAGAUAAAAGUACCAGAGUAAUGAUAUAUAUCACCGGUGUAUCACCUCCUGCAUGCAUGUCUAUGUAGGAUAUGCCCCAUGUCAACGAUUAAAUUUAUAUAUUUUUCGAUUUAGAAA